UCACAAGAUGGGUAAGCGGCAUGUAGUGUGGGUGGCUGGGGGUAGCCAAGCCAGGCGCAGUACCCUUUACCGAGAACUUAGACAGCGUAGAGCGUUAUCCUCACGAUACAUAGAUCCGCCGACUACCUUAUCCUGGAACGCAGCUCCUCACUACGUCUGUCCAGCUUUGACACUUGCACUUAUCCGCCGUUGUCGUAUCACAGGAAACAGUACUCACAUCCAUCAUGCUCCUCACCAUCUUCGCACUCUUGGUCGCUGCCACACAAGCACAAAAUAGCACAACAGCAUCAGUGACCCAGAUCGCAGUCUAUCCGCCCUUCCCCAUCCGCAGUGACACUAACAUGCGACACACCCAACGAGCCUACGGUGUCUCGCUCAUCACCGCCAUAUCCUCCACAACGUUCGUAUAUGCGAUAUCCUGCUCACCCUGGACCACCAUGACACGAUUCAACGACGUGUGCGGUACUUCCUAUGUACCCGAGGUCAUUACCGUGACAGAGAGUCCGGACGAGUGGCACUGGAGCGCCCAGGGCAAGAGUCUGGUGUGUUCGAAUCUGCGCGAGAAGACGAAAACUUGCACGAGUGUUACCAACUCGCUCGGGAGCUAUAUUGCGCCCGGCACCCAAGACGGGCUUCUGAUAGGGUUCUUGGAUUAUUUCACUACGAUGACGCCGGUUGCUGUGAAUUUGACAGCGGGAUUUGAGAAUGUGCCUGCGACUUUGCUUGCGAGUCUCGAGGAUGAGGCGGCGGGACUUGCGACUAUCGAGACGAGCAGCUCGUCAGUUACGAGUCUUUCUGUGUCAUCUAUGGGGUCUUCUUCUGUCACCGCCCCGGUCUUGUCAGGGCCGACAGGUGCUUCGUCUACGGGUUCUACCCCUGCAGAGACUGCUUCUGCCGGUGCAGCUCCUAAAGGUAUGGGCGUGGUUCGUCGCGAGAUGCUAUUUGGUGCAGCUGGUGCAGUCGGAGCUGGCAUCUUCGGUCUUUGAGUGCGAUAGCAUUGGUUCGAUGUGAUCAUUUACCUUAUCAUACAGUGGAU